AUGUCUCAGUGGAAUAAUUCUUACUCUUACAAUAAUCAGUACCACACACCUAAUAAUUGGAAUGGAGACUAUAACAACCAAUAUCAGGCAUACUAUCCAAACGCUCAAUAUAAUGCGAACCAAUACGUAAGCUUCGACGAAUUUUUAUCCCAAAUGCACAUUUCCAACCCUCAAACAAACCCAUAUAAUACUCAAUAUCAAAACUAUCCUAAUAGUCAGUAUACACAGUUACCUAAUUAUCAAAAUGAUUCACCCAACCAAAACUCUCAACCUGUGUAUAAUUAUGAAAGUAGUUCAAGCAAUUAUAAUUACAAUAAUGAAACAUACCAGGGGAAUACAGAAGAACAGGUUCAGCAGACAUCAGUAGAUCAACAAUUACCUAGAGAAGUUGUGAAAUCAAAACUCAUGCCCACAGCCACUGAAUUUGUCCCUAAGCAAUCUAGCAGUAAUAAUAAAGAACAAUAUUCAAACAAUACAAAUAGAAAUCCAAAAAAUCAAAGUACCAAUGGUGAAAGUAGCGGCCAAAAUUCUGCAAUCACUGUGAAUAAAGAUCGUCAAAAUGAUGCUAACAAUCGCAAGGGCAAGUCUAAAAGCAGACCUUUUGAAAACAACCAAAACUCAGAACCCAGUUUCCGCAAUCAUUAUAAUCAAGGCUACAACAACCAGUCAAAAUCUAAAAACCGUACUUACAAUGGUUGUAACCAUGAAUCUAACCACAACGAAGAAGUCAAUGAUAUCAGUUCAGCAACAGAAUUACCUGAAAAUUCUAACAGCGAUGAAGGGGGCCAAUCAAAAAAAAGUCAGGAUGUCAGAAAUGGUAGAAAUGAAGGGUCGGGAAGGAAUCGUAGAUGGGUCGGAACUCAAAGGUUAAAAGGUGCCGAAAGAGAUAGUUAUGAGGAUGAACAAUAUGCAAAGUCUUAUUUUCAUGGCAAAGAAGAAAGAAAUAGGGAUAAUAUAUCAAGUCCGGCCAAAGGAAAGAGUAAAAACUUGGCUAACCCGGGAGGUAACAUAGAUAUGACACAACGUGAGCGUUUAAGUGAUCAACUCGACAGAGGCACUCUUGAAUGUCUUGUAUGUUGUGAGAGAGUUAAACAAACUGAUCCAGUAUGGUAUUGCGGUAACUGUUAUCAUGUGUUGCACCUUCGCUGUAUAAGGAAGUGGGCUAUAAGUAGCAUGAUUGAAACGAAAUGGCGAUGUCCAGCAUGCCAAAAUGUGAAUCAAGACAUACCAACUGAGUACAGAUGUAUGUGUGGGGCCGUCAGGAAUCCCGAAUACCAGAGGGGUUCGAGUGGGGCUCAUACAUGCGGCAAGUCCUGUAAGAGAAUGAGACUUUGCCCUCAUCCAUGCACACUGUUGUGCCACCCUGGACCAUGUCCCCCUUGCCAGGCUACUAUUAGCAAGCAAUGCGGCUGUGGGGCGGAGACGCGUUCAGUUCUGUGUAGUAGUAAAUUACCGCAAGUCUGUGGAAGAGUUUGUAAUAAAAAAUUAGAAUGUGGAGUUCAUUCAUGCACAAAACAGUGCCAUGAAGAACAAUGCGACCCCUGUGAGGAAAUUGUCACGCAAGUGUGCCACUGCCCCGCAGCCAAGUCCCGCUCCGUAGCGUGCACGUCACACACGGACCGCGCCAACUGGUCGUGCGGCGAGCAGUGCGGGCGCGUGUUGUCGUGCGGGGCGCACGUGUGUCGCGCGACCUGCCACGCCCCGCCCUGCCCCGCGUGUCCGCUCACACCGGACAACGUACCGGCCUGUCCCUGUGGCAAGACUAGGAUCAAUAAGGAUCAACGCAAGACUUGCACAGAUCCCAUACCUCUCUGUGGUAACAUAUGUGCUAAACCUCUACCGUGCGGACCCGCGGGAGACAAGCAUAUCUGUAAAGAAAGCUGCCACGAAGGUGGUUGCCGCAUCUGUCCCGACACAACGCUGCUGCAGUGCCGCUGCGGUCACUCCAGCCAAGAGGUUCCGUGUGCUGAUCUGCCGCAGAUGAUCAACAACGUGUUGUGUCAGAGGAAAUGUAACAAGAAGCUGUCUUGCGGCCGUCACCGUUGCCACACCCGGUGCUGCGACUCAUCCUCUCACCGCUGCGCCGUGGUCUGCGGCCGGUCACUCUCGUGUCAGCUGCACAGGUGUGAGGAGUUCUGUCACACCGGACACUGCGCGCCCUGUCCGAGAGUCAGUUUCGACGAGCUCCGUUGUGAGUGUGGCGCGGAGGUGUUGUUGCCGCCGGUCCGCUGCGGCACCAAGCCCCCCGCCUGCAGCGCCCCCUGCCGCAGGAGCCGACCCUGCGGUCACCCGCCACAUCACUCCUGCCACUCCGGGGAUUGCCCGCCAUGCGUCGUGCUCACUACUAAGAUGUGUUACGGGAAACAUGAAGAACGGAAAACAAUACCGUGUUCUCAAGAAGAAUUCUCCUGCGGCCUGCCGUGCGGGAAACCUCUUCCUUGCGGUAAACACACUUGUAUCAAAAUAUGUCACAAGGGAUCUUGUGAUAUAAGCACCUGUACUCAGCCGUGUACAUCCAAACGUCCAAGUUGUGGUCACCCGUGUGCCGCUAAGUGUCACUCUAGCGGCGGGGGCUCCUGUCCCAGUACGGCGCCCUGUCGACGACCUGUCCGAGCGACCUGCCAGUGUGGGAGAAAACAAACGGAGCGGGCCUGCUGUGAUAACGCCAGGGACUAUGCCAAGAUGAUGAGUACUCUAGCGGCAACGAAAAUGCAAGAAGGUGGCACUGUGGAUAUAUCAGAAGUUCAACGACCUGCAUCAAUGCUUAAAACAUUGGAGUGUGAUGAGGAAUGCUUCGUAGAGGCACGGAGCCGUCGCCUCGCUCUGGCGCUUCAGCUGCGUAAUCCUGAUGUAUCAGCCAAGCUCGCUCCACGAUACAGUGAUCAUCUACGAACAACGGCCGCUAGAGAACCGAGCUUCGCACAACAAAUACAUGACAAGCUGACCGAACUUGUCCAACUAGCUAAAAAGUCCAAGCAGAAGACGAGAGCUCAUUCAUUCCCGUCCAUGAACCGCCAGAAGCGCCAGUUCAUUCACGAGCUGUGCGAACAUUUCGGAUGCGAGAGUGUUGCGUAUGACGCUGAACCUAACAGAAACGUCGUUGCUACAGCCGACAAGGAAAAGUCUUGGCUGCCCGCUAUGAGUGUCCUAGAGGUGUUAUCUCGCGAGGCUGGUAAGAGACGUGUUCCGGGGCCGGUACUGCGAGCGCCCGCCGCCCCCCUACCACACACUAAGGAACUACCUUCCACUACCACAAAGUCUUCAUCGAGUGGCUGGGCAACACUCACAUCAACUAACGCAUGGGCUGCCCGCAGUCAACCCAAGAAAGAAGAAACCAAAAUCGACUAUUUCGAUAACCCUCCAGAGUAA